AUGUAUCAAAUUGGGAAUAUCUACGGCAUCACCGCUAUUGCGGUCAUUGGUGGUGGGUUGUUCGGGUUCGAUAUCAGCUCUAUGAGCGCUAUUCUUCCGACCGAACAAUACCGCUGCUACUUCAACCAAGGACCCCAUGGCCCGCCCGACUGCUCUGGUCCCAGAUCCGAUGUCCAGGGCGGUAUCACCGCAUCCAUGCCCGGCGGCUCAUUCAUCGGCGCACUGGCAUCCGGUUUCCUGACCGACAUCUUCGGUCGUAAGCGCGCCAUCCAAAUCGGCAGCGUUAUCUGGUGCAUCGGAUCCAUCAUCGUGUGCGCCUCGCAGAACAUCGGUAUGCUGGUCGCCGGCCGCUUCAUCAACGGCCUCUCCGUCGGUAUUUGCUCCGCCCAAGUCCCAGUUUACGUCUCCGAAUUGGCUCCACCAUCAAAGCGAGGACGUGUGGUUGGCGCGCAACAGUGGGCCAUUACGUGGGGUAUCCUGAUCAUGUUCUACAUCUCGUACGGCUGCUCGUACCUCGAUGGACCGAAGGCCUGGCGUGUCCCGUGGGGUCUGCAGAUGCUGCCCGCUGUCUUCCUCGGAUUCGCGCUGUUCAUGCUCCCGGAGUCUCCGCGUUGGCUCGCGCGCCAUGAUCACUGGGAAGAGUGCCACGCCGUGCUUACACUGGUCCAUGGCAAAGGCGAUCCGAAUACGCCGUUUGUGAGGCUGGAGCUUGAGGAGAUCAGAUCGAUGGUCGAAUUCGAGCGCCAGAAUGCGGAUGUGAGCUUUAAGGAGCUGUUCAGGCCGCGCAUGUUGAACCGCCUCCACAUCGGCGUGUUCACGCAAAUCUGGUCGCAGCUAACUGGAAUGAACGUGAUGAUGUAUUAUAUCACGUAUGUCUUCGGCAUGGCCGGUCUUUCGGGAGACACCAACCUCAUCGCCUCCUCGAUACAGUAUGUGAUCAACGUCGGCAUGACCGUCUUCGCGCUUGUCUACAUCGACCGCUGGGGCCGUCGUGGUCCCCUAGUUAUUGGUGCGAUCCUCAUGGCCACCUGGAUGUACGCCAAUGCCGGGCUUAUGGCUUCCUACGGUCAACCGGCACCUGAAGGCGGCCUCAACCACAUCGCCGAACAGUCCUGGCAGAUCACAGGGGCGCCAGCUCGUGCCGUCAUUGCUUGCACAUAUCUCUUCGUCGCAAGCUAUGCGCCAACCUGGGGCCCGGUGUCCUGGAUCUACCCACCCGAGCUGUUCCCCCUGCGUGUACGUGGUAAGGCUGUCGCUGUUACCACGGCGUCGAACUGGAUCUUCAACUUCACGGCCAACAUCGCGCUGUCCUAUUUCGUCCCCCCGGCUUUCGUCAACAUACAGUGGAAAGUCUACAUCAUCUUUGGCGUUUUCUGCACCGUCAUGGCCGUCCACAGCUUCUUCUGUUUCCCUGAGACGUCCGGUAAGACGCUCGAAGACGUCGAGGAGAUGUUCUUGGUCGGCAUUCCAGCUUGGAAGACGCGCGUUGAGUACCAGAAUGUGAGGAGGGCCGAGCAGGAUGGCAAGCUGGGUGAGAAGGAGAUUCGGCAUGAGAGUCCGCAGAGGACGGGGGAUGCGGCAACGAAGGUGUAG